AUGGGGACAGGUGCUACUGUCUUCUGCUGCACUCACACCACAGGUUGGCAGCCAUGGUCUGAGUGGUCGGCGUGCAGCGCGUCGUGCGGAGGCGGCGUGCAGCGGCGGCGGCGCGCUUGCUCGCUCAGCACCGGCUGCCAGGGCCACGACGCCGAGCUGCGGCGCUGCAACACCUUCUCCUGUCUCGGCAGCGUGGACGCGCUAUCGCUGGAGGACCGGCGCUACUUCCACCCGGCGCGCGCACAGUGGCAGCGGGUGCCGGGCCGGCCCAGUGCGUACCGCCUGCGGCCCAAUUCCUACAUCUGGGUGCCGUCGGCGCAGCUGUUCCCGCGCGCCGGCGGCUUCCCCGCGGAGUUCUCGCUGCUCGCUACUCUGCGGCUGCAUCCCCAGGGCCGGUCGCAGGGCACGGUGCUGAGCCUGCGGUCGCGCCGGCAGCAGGACGCCUACCUGUCGCUGGAGGUGUCCGGGGACGGCGAGGGCAUGCGGCUGGUGCACGCCGCCACCAACGGCAGCACCCAGCUGGUGGCGCUGCCCGGCCUCAAGAUCCAGGACGGCCGCUGGCACCACGUCGCCAUAGGGCUACACGGAGACCACACGGUGCGCAGCUACCUGGACUGCCGCUGGGUGAGCACCAACAUCCUGAGGAGAAACUCCCUGGACACGCCCCAGGACGCUGACGUCGUCAUUGGCUACCUGUUCAUGGGCGACCUGGAGCAGCUGACCGUGGUGCCCUCCGCGGAGGCGGUGUCCGAACAAUGCGACGCAGACGUGGCGCUCACCAACGACACGUCGCCCGUCGCCGUGGAGGAGUACGGCGACGCCGACGCCGACGACGACGAUGAUGACGUGGACAUGGACUCCACCUCCGAAGAAGGCAGCGGCGGCGGCACCGACGAAGACCUCAGCGACGCUGACAACGACAUAGACACCGACUACCAGUACGAGGUGGAGUGGUCCGAGUGGAGCGAGUGCAGCGCCUCUUGCGGCACGGGCUCGCAGUCGCGCUUCUCCCGCUGCGUGGACGACGGCAAGCGGCUGGAGCUGUGCGUGGAAGCGGGUGGAGAGCGUACGGAGACCCGAGCCUGCAGCCGCCAGCCGUGCCCCGACAGCGUGCGGUUGCCUGAACGGUGGGCGGUGCCGCGGCGGCGGCCGGCGCCCGUGCAAGUGCCCGCCGGGAUACACGGGCCGGCGCUGCGAGCAGCCCGUCUGCCGGCCGGCGUGCCUGCACGGGGGACUCUGCCACAGCCCUGGCUUCUGCCGCUGCCCCAGGGGUUUCCGUGGCGACCGCUGCCAGCACGGUGA